AUACGUGAUGGCAGGCGAAGGAGCUGGAGGAUGAGGCUCUGAUUCCUGUACCCACAACAGCACAUGUGUUUCUGAGGGGGAGACCACCAUGUUUUCUUCCAGUAUGGGGGGUGGGCGCUUCCCACGAGGUUUACUUUCUGUGCGCCCCACCUCCAUCCCAUACAACUCGGAGCAGCAGCCCAGGACCUGCGAGCAUUUACAACAUCAGGCAGCAAAUCAACAGCGGUAUAAACUUGAGAACAUAGGGGGCCCGAAGCUAUGGCGUCAGAUGAUGAUCGGGUUCACAUGUGCAGCUCUGGUCGGCCUGCUUAUGUUUGUGCUGGGAAGCGCUUUUAUCGCUGAUGCUGUUCACUCAAAAUAUUCUGUCUCUAUUAUGCUGUGCAUCAUGGGAAUGGUGUGUGGUCUGAUUGUGUUGGUGGGCGUGGUCAUACUGGGGAGACUGUUCAUCAGCAGGAAAUGGAGGUUCAACUCCAAUCAAACGCAACAGCAUCCUAACCCUGCUUGUUUCCAUAACUGCUCAGUGAUCUACACGCCAUCCCAGGAUCAGUACCCAGCAGGGAUGUGUACAGACCCGCCCCCAGCAUACGAUCCAAUGCCCCCUCUCCCUGGGCAGGGCAUCCAGAUGACCACCAUCAUCCACCCGGGCCACACCCCUACACAGACCUCCGUGGAGGUUCACCGCCCUGUUCAACUCGUCAUGCCAAAGCCUCCCAAGUACUCAGAUGCUGUGGCACCGCUGCCCGCCUAUGGGGACCCAGUCUGACAAACACUACUAUCCACCUGACCCCAGCCUCAGGGGUGCCCCAGCCUCAGGGGUGCCUCAGUACUACUGUGCAUCCUUUCUCUCUCUCUCUUCGGGUAUUAGUGAUGUAGAUAUUGUGACACCUGUGACUGAGUUUAUCUCUGAGUAGUCUAUGGGUAAUCAGGAAAGGGCAGUCCAUUUUCCCCCAUGAGCAGAUGUAUGUUUACCCUCCCACGAGUAGAGAUAUGUUUACUCCCCAUGAGCAGAUAUGUUUACCCACCCUGUCCUGUAUCUGUUGCAGCCUAUAUGCAAAUAUCCCUUUUUUAUUUCUGCUGCAGUAUUGCAUGGAUAGAUCAAAUACAUGACUAUCCUGUUUUCACAGAUAUGUUAUUGAUUACAUGUUGCUGGUUUCACUAUAUGCGCACAUAUGUGUAAUGCUGUUGUUUACUUUUUCAUAAAAUACUGGUAUUGCAAUAUCUGACCCACUGAAUUUAUGUUUUGCCAGGUGUCAUUGAUUGAAAUCAAAACCAUUAUUUCCUUUCUUUUUGAAAAGAAUUCCGGAAAAAAAUAUUAAAAAUGUCAAGGUGGGUUUGAAUGUAAACAAGCCCCUCUCACACAUAUUGGUCCUGUACAAGCAUCAAUACAUCUCCUCAUCAAAAAUCUUUACGUGACAUGAAAUAGUAUGAUGACCAAUCAUCGUACUUAAUCUAAAGAUAAGACUCAUGGUCUCUUACAUUGCAUAUUGACCAGCUUUACAUUUAUCCUGGGCUGGAUGAAUCUCUUGGCUAUAAAGGUUGCUGUAGUCCAAAUUAAAGAAUAAGGAACUAAAACAUUGCUAAUAAUGAUUUAUGGAUGUGCACCAGCUAGUUGAUAACAUUUAUUAUGUUGUAUCAUUUGAAUGUUGAGAAAUUCAGAUCGGUUUGUGGGGAGGCUAAUCUAUCCUAGCAUCACAGGAUAUGGUAUUAGUGAACAAGCAGAGCCUAAUGCUCUAUUCCGAUAAGCCAGUAUGUAUUUCCUUCAUUCACUGCUAUCUGCUUUGGUGAUGGAAUCAGUGUUAUAACAGAAGGAAGUUGUUUCCCAACUUAUCUUUGUAAGUUAAUUGAAUGUUUAAAGACCUGCAUAAUUAUUAAAUGUUCCAGUCCGAUGUCUCUUGAUUGUGAGAGAUUACAUGUACACAGUACUUGUCGUCUUCUGAACUCUAGCAACACAAAGUAAUUAGUGCUCAGCAUCCAUGAUAGAGAGGUGUUCUUGCUAUGUUUAAUGUGGCCAUCAUGUUAAAGUUUAUUUAUCACUGCAUACCACAAGAUGUUAGCUUUUGUAUUUAUAGUGGAUCACAUUUGUACAGUGCCACUGGUGUAUUCAAAAGGGGCGUUUGACACCUUUUGGUUAUGAACUUUUUAGAUAGUUUGCACAUGCAUAAAAGAAUACAGACAAGGACAUUACCUAUGUGCUAUUCAUUUUGUUUGCUGUUUGUCUGAAACAAUUCUGGAUUGAUCAGUGAGUGUUUGUUAUUUUUUUAGAUAACUACCCUAAGUGCACGUGUGUAUGAGAGUCUUAUGCAGCCUCAUGCCUCAGUUGAUGUCUAAUUUUUUGAGCCAAUCAAAUUGCACAAAUUUUCAAUCUGUCUUUCAAUAGCUGAAAUCAGCUGCUUCCUAUCUGGACUAGACUCUUAGACUUGAGUAAAGUUUGAUAAUUUUUAGAGAGUUCUGGGCAAUCAUUUAUAUGGUUGCUCCCAUAACUUAAGAAGAUGUGGAAAUUGAUUGUGUUUAUCACUCUUGUGAUAUUUGUUUGGAACUGCAAGUCAUCCUCAUUCACAAAAGUUCUCAAUUUAUGUAUAUAGUUGUAGCUGUUUCUUUUCCCUUUAACUCAGAUUGUACUUACUAGAUGAAGUUUGCAAAUGCAAGGCAAAACUAGAGAGUUCAAAACCAAGAGCAGAUUAUAGCCAUAAAGCUUUCAAAUGUUCAGUAUUCCAGCUUGUGCUUGCUGUGAUACAACUGCCUGAAGAAUAAUUACUUUAGCAUGAAGAUGGCACCCAGAAUAUAAAUGUAACAUAAAGUAGUGUGUUCAGGGAAUAUAACAUGAAAUAAAAUCAGAUGAGUAGUGAGUUUGUGUGGAGGGAAGUGGAGGGGAGAUAUAGACCUGUGCAUGGUUUUGGCACAAUGGUUUUGAAGGUCACCAGCAUCAUUAAUAUACCAGAAUGCACUGUAGAGGGUUAAGUAAAUUGCUUAUGUAUAUUGUAUAGUAUAUUGCUUAUUUAUCAUGACACCCACAAUUAUCAAAAAACACCGAUGGUGAAAAAGAAGUGUUAUCAAGGAAAGCUAUGCCUUUCACAGAGCUUUAGAGAGGUUAUGUUAUUAUAGUUUGCAUUGUACUCCCCACUUUUGAAGUGCAUUUGUUAUUCACCUGUGUAGAUUUAAGGGCAGCGUGAUGUCAUUACCUAGUGAAGAAUAUGUAUGUGAAAAAGAUAAGAAAAGCAGACAGAAACCAAAUGGUCCAUGUAUGGUGUAUGUAAUUAAUUGUAUUCAUAUGUAUGUAUAUUUGUAGACUGGUACGUUAUUGUUUCUUAUUACAAAUCUGUUUGUGUGGUUCAGCAUUUUUAUCAUCAAUAUGUAUUUAUUCUGUAUAUAAUUUACAAAAGAUCGUUUUGUUUAAAAGUCUUGAUUUUGAAGAUUUUGAUUUUACAUUUUGUUAAGUUUUGCCAUUUCAGUGCUGUGAUACUUUUUAUUUCACCAACACACCCAAAGUUUUAGACAUAUUUUAAGGUAAUAUUAUCAGUUUGAAGCCUUACGUUUUGAGAUGCAGGGUACAUAAGACUUUACGACAAAUAGACAUGUUAUUACAUUUCUUUCUAUAACUGGCAUUUCUGCUGGCUUCUUUGUGACUGAUUUUUCCUGUUUUAUGUUUGUCCUUUUCUGUAUUUUUACGUUACAUUUCAUACAAAGCAGAUCUGUCCCGCAUUACACGGAUUGUUAAUAGGAUUAUAUUGGUCCAAAUGGAUUGAUACCAUAUUUAUGUUUUCUUAUGUUACCUCUGUUUAGUCUGGUAUAAGUUGUAAGGAUAAAACCAUUAAUUAUAUGUAUUUUACGUAUACAUGUCUAUAUUUCAUUAACCCCUUCCUUUUGUAAACUGUUUUGUUUUGUUCAUCUCUUAUUAUUUACCAGUAUCAUUUUUUAUUUUUAAAUGAUAUUCUACCUGGGCUAUUAUAAAAUGUAAGUAGGCCUACUGGUGCUUGGAAUGGCUUUAUUCUUAAUUAAACUGUCAUGGACUCCAGGAUGAGCCCAGUAUUAAAAUCGUUGUGCCAGUAUUCACUAUUCUUCAAAACCAGUACAAACUGACAUAUAUUUACCAAUACAAGCUGACAUAUUGGUCAGAUAUGAAUCAUUUUCUUUGUAUUAUACAUGGCAUAUCACUAAAUAGCAUUCCACUGUUGAGUUGCACUGUAAUGUGAUUGAUAGCUCACGCAUACAUGAUAUACUGGUAAUGGUUUUAGCACAGUUGUUUGCUUCGUUGAAGCAUACCAUGGAUGACACAUACCCCUAUACCAUGGGAAUACAUAAUAUGUAUAUCUGUGAUGUGUCUCCACUAAGCCUUGUAACCUGUAUUAAACU